GUUACAAUUAAGAUGUUCCCAUUCAAGGUGUUAUGUGCAUUUUUGUUGUUUACUCAGACUUCUUCGCAAACUACAGAAGCAGGCAAAUUUUUUAUAGAUACAGACGCAAUGGACGCAUUUUUUGCAAAGAUCAUACGACAGGCUAAUAUUUCGAGUGAGUGCAAACAUCAGCUGCAAAUGUUACAAAAUGGUUUACUCCAAAAAGAAAUGUGGGCACUUAAAAUGAUGGAUGCCUAUGGACUACAUUCACCCGGAUCCCUAGAAGGUAAUUACGUCAAUUUGGGUUCAUUUGACGAAUGCUUAGGUAUUAAUGUCUACGUUGGGUCAAAAAAAUUUCAAGGGAAGUAUUGCUUACUGGACAUGUAUCGGACGGAUAAUAAUACGGGUAUUACCAGGACAGUGCCCAGAGUGCGUGCCAUAUGUGUUCCAAAAACAUGCUCUAAAACAGAUAUCAGAGAGUUAUGCUUCAAUAAUUACGCUCUAAGCACCGAAUGUCAAACGUCCGAUGACGUCCUUGAAUUUGAUGUAAAAGCCAUAGUCGCCUUAUGCUUGUUUGGAUGUAUCGGAUUGAUUUUAUUGGUGGCGACUGUACUUGACUACUACUUGUAUUACUACCAGAAAGAAACCUCUAAAUCUUGGUUACUAUCAUUCUCCGUAUUAACAAAUGUGAAAAGGCUUUUUACAGUAACAGAAAGCUCAAAUGAUAUUACGUGUUUGAAUGGCAUUCGUGUAAUGGCCAUGACAUGGACUGCCUACGCACAUUUUAACCUGUUGAUAUUAAGACUACCGGCCACCAACCUGCAGGACGCUUUCGAGUUUAUAAUGAGCUCACACAGUGGUUAUCUAACGAGUUCGUCCGUAAAUGUUGACACUUUCCUAGUACUAUCGGCAGUGCUAAUUUCUUAUGGUUUUCUGUCUUCAAAAUUCAAAUUAAACCUAUUUACCUACUACUCCGUCCGAUAUAUAAGGUUAACUCCGACUAUAGCAGUAUUAAUGCUAUUUCAAGUCUGUUUACUCAAGUACGUCAGCUUCGGGCCUGUCUGGCUAGAAACUGUUGGACUGCUAACUAAUAACUGUCCAAGUGAGUGGUGGAAAAAUCUCUUAUACGUUCAAAACUAUAAUGAGUUGUGGAAUAUGUGUGUUCCUGAAGGAUGGUACCUUGCAGUUGAUAUGCAGCUUUACUUGCUAUCCCCUAUUUUACUUUUAGGAUUGAGAAAAAUGCCCAAAGUUGCGUUAUCUGGAAUGGGAGUACUUAUUAUUUUAAGUGCUGUAACUUGCUUCGGUCUGAGCUGGAUCUUCAAUAUGCAAAUGUCGGGAGUGUAUCCAUAUCCUGCAAUGUCACUUUACUACACAGCUACGCAUAGCAGAGCAUCAUCUUGGCUUAUAGGUUUCAUACUGGGGUACAUUAUGUAUAAACAUUCGGUAGAAAAAAACCGCCCCAACAUUCCCCACUGGGCUGCGCUGGCGACAUGGGCUGUUUCAAUAUCGGUAUUGAUAACAUGCAUUUUUGCGGGAAACGAACACAGGUUGGACAAUGAUAAACUAAGUAACGCAUUUUAUACCUUGAGACGCCCUGCUUGGUCAUUGGGGGUAUGUUGGAUGUUGUACAGUUGCCACUUUGGAUUUGGGGGCGUUAUUAACAAUAUUCUUUCGGCAAACAUAUUCAGGAUUCUAUCUAGGCUAAUGUACUCCUUGUACUUGGUUCACAUUCUAAUGGGGAUAAUUCUAUACGGAAAUAUAAAAGUUUCAGUUCACUUGGAGGAAAAAGACAUGUUUCAGUCAUUUUGGGGUUUCUAUGUAUUUAGUCUGCUAGCAGCGCUGAUUAUGACAGUGGCGAUUGAAUCACCAAUUCAAGCGCUAACUAAGUACUUCUUUAAAAAAAGAGAACCGAAACCUGAUGAUGCGUGAGGUAAUGGAAACGUUGUAAUUUCCAGACUAUAGAAACGUCGUCCAAAGACAUCGUGUUAGUGAGUGCUGGGCUUUAGUUUUUAGGUGUUAAUUGUUCAAGUUGUA